AUGAAUUCUUCAACAGUAUGUUCCUUGUGCCUCACUCUUUGCUUGAUCCUCAUUUUUCAUUCUCCUUUGCCAACAAAGGCCAGAUCUGAUGUUCAUCACAAGCUGCUUGGUGUUGGUCCUGACCUGAUUGACCAAGUUUGCAAUGAAACCAUAGAAGACAACAUCUUAUGCAUGAAAAUCCUGAAAGGAGAUCCUGAAAUCGUCCUCGCCAAAAACUUUGUUGAACUUGCAGAGGCAAUCCUGAAAUUGGGGUUGAAGAAGGGAAUUGAAGGACAAAACUUUCUUAAGGGGUUAGUGGAGGGAAAACAUGAUCCAGGCAUUGAAGAAUGUGCAACCUCUGACUACGAUGGGGUGAUUAAUUCGUUCAGGAGUGCCCUUGGUGAGAUGAAAAAUGAUCUUCUUGCUGCUAACUAUAGUGCCAGAAUUGCCGGUGAUGGAGCUGACAACUGCAACACCACCUUGGUUGCUGAACGUAUACAAAACCCUGCGAUUUCUGAUCUUAACCACCAAGUAUCGAUGCUUAGCUUUAUUGCAUUUUGUGCCUUGGAUAAAAUACAUUAA